AUGGUAUUUGCUUCCCGUGCUGCUGCGCGUUGCUUGACGCGCCCUACCUCCUCCCUCCUCAGUGCUUCCCCGCACUUUGCCGGCCGCGCAGCAACACCCUCCAUAUUUUCAUCCACUACCAAACGGACACUGACAGCAACUGCUUCUCGCCAGGGCAAAGUACUUCUCGUCCUCUACGAUGGCUUUGAACAUGCCAGAGAGCAACCCCGCCUCCUCGGUACCACGGAGAACGAGCUAGGUAUUCGAAAAUGGCUUGAGGACCAGGGACACACCCUGGUCACCACCUCGGACAAGGACGGUGAAAACUCCAAGUUCGAUCAGGAACUGGUGGAUGCCGAAGUCAUCAUUACCACUCCCUUCCACCCAGGUUACCUCACCGCCGAGCGUCUGGCGAAGGCCAAGAAGCUGAAGAUCGCCGUCACCGCCGGUAUCGGUUCGGACCACGUCGAUUUAGACGCCGCCAACAAGACCAACGGUGGUAUCACCGUCGCCGAAGUGACUGGCAGCAACGUCGUGUCCGUUGCUGAACAUGUCGUCAUGACUAUCCUCACCCUGGUCCGCAACUUCGUCCCUGCCCACGAACAAAUCGAAGCGGGUGACUGGAACGUGGCUGCCGUAGCCAAGAACGAGUUCGACCUGGAAGGCAAGGUUGUGGGCACCGUGGCUGUCGGUCGUAUCGGUGAGCGUGUGCUGCGCCGUCUCAAGCCAUUCGACUGCAAGGAGCUGCUAUACUACGAUUACCAACCCCUCAAGCCCGAGGUGGAGAAGGAAAUCGGCUGCAGACGUGUGGACAGCCUUGAGGAGAUGGUGGCUCAGUGUGAUGUUGUCACCAUCAACUGCCCUCUCCACGAGAAGACUCGCGGACUGUUCAACAAGGAUUUGAUCUCCAAGAUGAAGAAGGGCGCUUGGCUCGUCAACACCGCCCGUGGUGCCAUCGUCGUCAAGGAGGAUGUCGCCGAGGCUCUUAAGACCGGCCAACUCAACGGUUACGGUGGUGAUGUGUGGUUCCCUCAACCCGCACCAAAGGAGCACCCACUCCGCUACGCAAAGAACCCUUGGGGAGGCGGAAACGCCAUGGUCCCCCACAUGUCGGGCACUUCGAUCGACGCUCAAGAGCGCUACGCUGCUGGCACCAAGGCUAUUCUUGAGAGCUACUUCUCUGGUCGUGAAGACUACCGACCUCAGGAUCUGAUCUGCUACAAGGGCGAGUAUGCCACCAAGGCAUAUGGCCAACAUGACAACAAGAAGAAAUAG